AGCUGCUCCGAUGCAUGCCCGGUAAAACGGGCGAGUCACAUCCGGGUAUUAUGACCGUUCUCGGCCAGAUGCGGACUUUAGAAUCGGAACAGAACUCGGGCCGCGACUGAUUUCUACGAGACAAGUCUACGAGAACAAAAGUCCACACAAGAAGAACGCACAUUGAGAAAGAGCCACUGUCUUGAGUGGACUUCAGAUGAUCUUGAGUUUUACAUUUGGAUUUUUCCGUUCCCAUAAGGCAAGAUGAAUUUGGAGGAAUACUUUGAAAGAAUUGGUUUCCACGGAUCUUUUGAUGAAGCGGAUCUUGCAACACUGAAGUUGAUCCACAAACAGCACGUCAUGUCCGUCCCAUUUGAAAACCUCAGCCUUCACUGUGGUGAAAAGAACGUCAUGGACCUGGAAGCCACUUUCAACAAGAUUGUGAGGCGCCGCCGUGGAGGUUGGUGCCUUGAGAACAACUUCCUGUUUGGCUGGGUGCUGAGAGAAAUGGGAUACGACACCACGUCGCUGGGCUCCAGAGUUUUCAACAGUGUCCUCAAUGAUUUUGGCCCCCUUAAUUCUCAUUUCAUCAACAAGGUUGUCAUCGAUGGAAAGGCUUACAUAACAGAUGUCAGCUUCGGCAUGUCUUUCCAAUUGUGGGAGCCCCUGGAGCUGGUCUCUGGAAUGGACCAACCACAGGCAGCAGGUGUCUUUCGCCUCCUUGACCAGGGGGACGUGUGGGUGCUGGAGAAAACUGGUAGAAAGCCUGAUGUUCUCAAUACAGAGUUUGCCAAAUCAAGUCUGGUGAACAGGAACGAAACCAAUCAGAUGUACAACUUCACCUUGGUGCCUCGGGGGGCCGAGCAUUUCCUUGAGAUAAACCGCAAACUCCAGAAUGAGACGUCACUCUUCACCAAUAAGUCCAUCUGCUCUUUGCAAGCACCAACAGGAUUCAGAGCCCUGAUUGGCUGGACCUACGGGGAGGUCACCUACAAACCCGACGAAGGAGUGGACGUCUUAGACAUAAGAAACCUAAUGGAUGAUGAGAUAGAACAAAUUCUUCUUGCAAAGUUCAAUAUAAAGCUGCAGAACAAACUGCAGCCUCUCAACAACAAGUCAUACUUCACAUUCUGAAUUCCUACACAGGUGCAGUUUGAAAAUGGAUCUGGAAAGAUCCCUCAACCUGUGACCAUCUAACAGCCAACCAGGUGGAGCAGCAUGUUGACGAAUUGUCUAUUUGAAACAUGAGCAGUGCCUUAAAUGUAAUCUAAUGUACAUCAAAAAUGUAAUCAGUUUGUUUUCUUUUCUUAAUGCUACAAGCAGACAGGUCAUUCUUAAAAUGUGUUUUUGGUCAUAUAAAACCGCAAUGUGUUAUUUGUCAAAAAAACAUACAUUUAUAAAGCUUUCUACAUGAUACUAUGGACUGAUUUGCUGAAAUGUCAUCUGUGCUCUGUCUAUUCUCUCACUGAUUUUUAUUAAAUAAUAUGCCUGGAUGUAUAUUUUUGUUCUGACACACAAAUGAGCUAAAAGAUAUUCUUGGGCCCCAUCGAAGUUUAGCUGAUGAAAGACUGGAAUCUUAUGGGAAAAUUAGUUGAGAUGGUCAUUGUCAUGUUGUGAAUACCAUAAACAAAUACCUUUUAUUUUAUGAGGAAAGAGCCUGGAUGAUGUUCAAGUCAGAGUCAAAAGUACCAAAGUUUGGAAUGAAAGAGUUUGAAAAGGGAACACUUGACGUUUUCAGGUAUGUGGUUUUAGGGACAUGCUGUGCAUAUUAAAACAAUUGAUGGGGUGCAUCACUUCUUUAAAAGUCAUUUACAGUGAAUUAGAUCCAUUUUAGAUCCUUUUAUUUGUGUGGCUUAUGGAUCAGCAGCAAGCACAUCUAUGAAAAAGCUGGAUAGGCCACUUGAA